AUGGAUUCACCAGCAGAUUCAGUCGACACUGCAGCCAAUCGGCCCAGCACUUCUACCCUCAAGGAAGACGCAUCUCCACAUUCUUCAGCAUCCCUGUCACCGCCAUCAACGCAUCCGCCGCCGCCGCCUGCUUUCACCCCGUCUCCAUCUCCGCCACAUCGGCCCACUUCAUCCAGCUACAAUGCCUUCGACAAGGUUGCAAGUCCGUCCCCCUCGCCGCGUUCUCCAGCCUCGCCCUCAGAACUAGACCCGACACGUUCCUCGUCGUCCCGCACAUCUUCAGCUUUGGAUGAUGAGGGCGCAGCAGAUCACGACGAUGCCGGCUCAUCUCUGUACACAUCUGCUUCCUUCUCCCGCAAACCCAAUCUCAAAACGCCGCCUCAGCUUGUCGACCAUCUCCCUCUUGCCCAAGACGCCGCCAUGUCAACUUUCCAGGAGAUCACAUUCAACGACUACCACGACAAGAAGCUUGGACGUCCUCCUGGCAAGUUUGACGACUACAUGCUCUGCGAUUGCAACCCUCACUCCGAGAGCGAAGAUCUCGCCUGCACGGACGAAUCUGGCUGUAUCAACCGCAUGACCCAGAUCGAAUGCUCUUCCUCCAAGUGUCGAUGGGGAAAGCUUUGUCGCAAUCAGCGUUUCCACCGCAGGCAGUACGUCAACGUCGACAUCGUUCAAACCGAGAAGAAGGGCUUUGGUUUGCGAGCCGCACAGGACAUCCCCAAAGAGACGUUUGUGUACGAGUAUGUAGGCGAGGUUAUGAAUCAGCCUACCUUCCUCGAGCGCAUGCAGCAGUAUCGACAAGAAGGUAUUCGCCACUUUUACUUUAUGAUGCUACAACCCAACGAGUAUCUCGAUGCCACCAAGAAAGGCGGCAAGGGUCGUUUCAUCAACCACAGUUGUAAUCCCAACUGCUCUGUAUCCAAAUGGCAGGUCGGAAAGCAUCUUCGCAUGGGAAUCUUUGCAAAACGCAACAUCCAGAAGGGCGAAGAGCUCACCUUCAACUACAAUGUCGACAGGUACGGCAACGACGCUCAAGAGUGUUUCUGUGGUGAACCCAACUGUGUAGGCACGCUCGGAGGUAAGACUCAGACUGAUCUCAGCGGCAUUGACGAUCUCUUCCUUGAUGCCCUCGGAAUCGCAGACGAAGUCGAAGAGACAGGCGCCAAAGGCUCAAGACGAAAGCGCGGCAAGCGACUCGAUCUCGACUUUAUCCCUCAGAUGCGUCCCAUCAAGGAGCAUGAGGCUACUCGUGUCAUGACCGCUGCUCGACAAGCCGGUCCCAAACGCGAGAUCCUCGAAAAGUUGCUACGCAGGAUGGAGAUGACCACCGACGUCAAUGUGCAAAAGUCACUUGUCAAACUACAUGGCUUCAUUCUGAUGCAAUUCUUGUUAGAGCAGUGGUGGAACGAUCGCGACAUUGUUUUGCUGAUCAUCAAUGUCCUUGCUCGGUGGCCGCUCAUUGCACGUAACAAGGUCAUCGACUGCGGAGUCGAGGAUCAGGUACGCAUCGUCGCCGAAACGUAUCGAACCAAAGUCAGAAAGAAAUCUGAGGAUCAACAAGACUCAGUGGAUUCAAAGACCGAUCAGAAAGCCGAAUUCAAUUCACAAGGAGAGGUCAAGGUGGAAGAUCCUUCCGUUGAGUCAAAAGCGGACAUCAACUCGGACACCGACAUCAAGGGCGAAGCCGCAACAGAGCACAACAGUCCAGUGCCACAGCACGCCGCCACACCAAUUGGUGCACCGCCUUCACCUGACGCAGAAGUUUCCUCUCGUGCUGAGCACCUGCUCGAAGCAUGGAAGAAGCUCGAUAUGACCUAUCGAAUCGCACGCAAGGAUGCUCUCAAGCAAGGAUCGGAAGAUCUCAAGGAGGCCGCAGCAGUGACAACAUGGGUUGAUCGUCGACGAUUACAGGACCUUGAUGAUCCUCUGGAGCUUGACCAGGCUCAGGCUCCCAACACGGUCUCUUCCGAGCUGGGUUCUGCCCUCUCGAACGACCAAGACAUGCGCGAAAGUCGACCAACAUGGCAGCCACCACCGGCACCUCGGUCGAUUGCCUCCAAUUCGUUGCAUGCAAAGCGAUCCUUGAAGCCAAUGAACGGUUCUGGCCACCACCUUAGGCUGUCGCCUGGCAACUUCACCCCCACUGGCCUGAACUCAUUGGGUCAGAGCCCAAUCACACCUGACCAGCUCACUUCAGCUUUGUCGUCCUCCCUGGCAAAAUCACUGCCCGGUCUGGUUUCAUCGCUCAAGCAACAGCAACUUCAGAUACAGCAGCAGCAACAACAGCAGCCACGCCAGCCGGCACCAGCACCAGCCCCUACUCCGCCCGCCAAGUCGAUUGAGGACAUCAUUCGGGAGGCAAACGAGCAGGAGGAGCGCGCACGCAAAGAUGCCGAAGCAGCAGCAAAGGCAGCCCGUGAACUCGAGCUCAACGGAGGUCUCAGCAGCAGCUCUUCCCGCAAACGACCGUCAUCUUCGUCACGACACGCAGACAAGCGACACAAGGUCUCUUCUUCCUCCAAUGCUCACGCCUCUUCUCGCCACGGUGCAGCGAACGGUGCAGACUCGAGUCGGGCCACUGUCGACCCUUCCACCCACGCUGACCCAGCCGAUCUUGCAGCCAGCAACGAGCGAAGGCUGCGUAAGCUGGUUGGCGAGAUCGUCGUGCGUCAGAUGUCGAAGCACAAAGACCAACUGGAACGCGACAGCUUCAAGCGUCACGCAAAAGAGUUGACCAACGUCAUCGUGGACAAAGAGAUGCGCAAUCCCAAGUCGUGGCCUCCUCCUCGUGGCUCCGCGUUGACAGAGCUUUCGAACGAGAAAAAGAUCAAGAUGAAGAGCUUUGCCAAGGAGUACAUUGACAAACUCAUGGCGAGGAAGGGCAAGGGUAAAGGGUCAUCGACGCCAAAUGAUGGGCCUUCGACGAGUUCGGCAGCAGGCACUAGCAGCACGUAA